GAGGAAGCUGACGAAUGCUCUGACAUCUGACAAUUGCAUGCACUGCUGAUCUCGGAUGCCCAACAACGCUAGAAAUCGAACCACCACUAAAACUUCUAUCGAGGGUAUCAAGGCAAUCCCGGCAUCGGGGAGCCACAGCCCACAACACCACAACCACAACUACAACUAAAAGUGGUGCGAUCGAAUCGACUACGGUACUUUUCACAAAACGAACAACGCAUCAAUGAGUGACAAUAAGAAUCCACCAUCAGGAGACGCGUCUACUGUCGCUUCGAGCUCCUUCAUGUACGACGACAACAGCAGUAGGUCUCAGUUGACCGCCAAGGAGAAACCCCCCAACAACACCGAAAGAGCACUUUCCGAUCGCGAAAGAGAAGAGGCCACAACGGAUGCCGCGCAACAAGCUUUCUUUCAGACUAUGGCGGCUGCUGGUAUCGACGACCUUGGGUACUCUUCUCAGGAUGGAAAGCGUCGACGAUUUACAACCACAUCCAUGAUUCGUCAGCCACAAUGUCCCGAACCGCGACGCCAAACAUCGGCUCCUCUAGGACGGAUAGCACAACGAGAGGCACUAGCUUCAGGAAGGAGAGGCAGCACCCAGGAGACUGUGCAGCCGACGACAGAUUCCGCCAAGGGAUCGAUUGAGAACCCUCAGCCAACUGUCACAGGUCAAGAGCCUCAGAAGGGUUCUUGUCAACCACCACCGCUCGCAUCGUACGCCAAGCUAGAGUCCAAAGCAUCGGCUCCGCCUCCACAACAACCACCAACAGGGAAUCCCCUCCUCUCCAUGAAGCUGGCGACGGCCAACGUCACCAACAGCCAAGAAUUCUUUCCCGAAACGUCUCUCCAGCGUUGCGCAAACACCUUGGGCACUCGUCACUCCAACAACACCCCAGGAGCCUACUCCCAAUCACCGGGGCAAGGAUCCAUUCGCCUCGAGCCGAUUGAUUUUGAACAUUCUGCCGUGUCCUCAUUGGAAAAGUUGUCGGAUGCGUCUUCGUCGGCGACCGAGGAAGAUUACCCAUCCCCACUACCAACCGACCUCGAGACAGCCACCGUAGUACCGACGAUCUACAACAACACGGAUCCCGACGACAAGACUGAUACGGACAAUGCGCACACACGAGACUACGAAGUUACGACCGGGAACCUCAUUGAAGCGCACGCGGUCGACGAUAUUGUAGAGGUCGAUGCCAAACCCAUUGAAUGGUGGACCCCACGAAAGCUCACGGCUCUCAUUCUGGGAUCUCUCUUGAUCGUUGCCAUCAUCGUCGGGGUGGCCACCGGUCUGGCGCUGCGGUACGGGGGCGAACCUGCCACGGUCGUACCCACCCUGUCUCCCACCGUCUCACCCAAUGUACGAUACGAGAGCAUUGCCGAAAUUGUAGCUCUGCCCUGGGAGCCACAACAGGAGGACAGUGUCUUGAUUAUUGUCGGUGGAGAAGACAUUGGAUCGCCAGAAGACAACAGCACCAAGACUCCCCAGGAACAGGCAUUGGAAUGGAUUGCAUGGGAAGAUUCUCUGCAAGUGUCACUGGAUGAUCCCGAUCAUUUACGUCAGCGGUAUUCUUUGGCGGUUCUCUACUUUUCCACUGGCGGAGAGCACAACUGGACGGAACAUUACGAGUUCUUGCGACCCAGCCACGAAUGUACAUGGAGCGGGGCCCUUCAGUGCAAUCGCGACACGGUGACGGGAAUUGAUCUCACCAAGAACAAUCUAGUGGGACGACUGCCACCAGAAAUUGGCAUGCUUGCCGAUUUGCACACGCUCGCACUGAACGAUAAUGUUCUGACGGGGCGACUUCCUUCCGUGUUGCCAUCCAAACUUCAACGCUUGGACUUGUGGAGCAACAAGUUGGAGGGAUCCAUGAACGGCAGCGCUCUAGGGGACCUCACGGAACUGGAAUCCUUUCGCGUAGGCAAUAAUUUUUUGACGGGCACGGUGCCCUCCGAAGUUGGGGCUCUCACCAAGCUCACUAGAUUAUCGCUGGAGUCCAACCGCUUGACGGGAGCGAUCCCCGAAAAGAUCUGGAACCUCUCGAUGAUGCAAGACUUUCGAAUUGGGCAGCAGAUUCUUACAGGGACCGUCCCUCCCUCGAUUGGAGCUUGGAACAACUGUUCUGUCUUUCACGUCAACAAGCUCAACGGCAUCACCGGAAGCAUUCCCAGCGAGAUUGGUCUUUUGACCAUGCUAACUUCACUCAAGUUCUCGCAGAAUCACAUGCGGGGCACUUUGCCGUCAGAGUUGGGGAAUCUGCUGGAGAUGAGGCUCAUGGCGAUCUCACGAAACGGCAUUUCUGGAAUUGCCCCGACGGAACUUGGUCGGUUGUCUAACAUUGAAGAACUUUUCCUCCAAAACACAUGGCUGGAGGGAAACAUGGACUACAUUUGUGGUGCUAAGGAACGAGGUGAUCUUCCCCACCUCCACACGUUCAACGUAGAUAUGGAAGAAGUGAAUUGCACCUGUUGCACAUGCUGCAAGUACUAAGCGAGCAAAAGAUAAGCGCAAAGGGUGGGUGUUUUGUGGGCAGUUGCAGUUGACUUGAAAUGGGGAAGUUACAAUCAAGUUUAGAGAAGCUUAGCUUAAAAGAAGGGGAUAUGUUAUGUUGAGCUUUGCUUUUACACUGCUUCUGAGGCUACUCAAUAGCGGGCAGUGGACAUGGUAGUACCGUACGUCGUUUCGUGCGACGUCGCGAACAAAUAAAUAAAUGUUGUAUCCAUGCAAUCAGAAAGAAGUACUGAGCAGACUUGACUGUGGGAAACACCUGGGUCGUCCUCGA